AUGAUACAGUAUGGUUUUAGGCCUCCUGUUAAUGUUUAUACCUCAAUCAUAAGAUCUUUGUGCAAAGCAGAGAGGAUGGUGGAAGCUGAGCUCACCUUUGACAGGAUGCUACAGGCAAGGGUCAUGCCACAUAAAUGGAUCUACACUGCACUCAUCAAUGGUUAUUUAAAGAUGAGAAAGAUUGUUGAUGCUCGAUAUCUGUUUGAUGAGAUGGUCUAUCGUGAUAUUAAACCUUGUUCCCAUUCUUACGGUGCUCUUAUUAAUGGACUGGUAAAGACUAACAUGUUUAGAAUGGCUAGCAAAUUUGUGCAUAUGAUGCCGGAGGAUGGUUUUGUGCCAAACACAGUCCUUUACAAUAUGCUCAUAAACCAUUUCCUUAAGAAAGGGGAUGUUCGCUUUGGACUAGAUUUAUUUGCAUUGAUGGUGAGGAACCGGGUUGAACCUAAUCUUAUCACAUUUGGAGUUGUGAUCAGUGGAAAGCUAACUCAAAAUAUCCGAUGUGGAACUACUAAAGAAAAAAUUGAGCUAGCUAGGGAGUAUAUGCUACUUCUUCUUGAUGUUGUCUUGGUUCCAAAUUUGCAUAUUUACAAUGGGAUGAUUAAUGUGUUUUGCCAAGCUAAUAUGAGAAACAAUGUUAAUGCCCUCAUAGAUUCUAUGGACAAAGUCGGUGUUGUCGUUAACCAAGUAACAUGUAACAUCUUAAUGGAUGCCUAUAUCAAUUCUGGUGAAAUUGAUCGUGCGAUAGAAUUAUUUAACCAGAUGAACAUGAUUGGUUGCAUGGCUAAUAAUGUUAAUCUUGAUACACUUUUAAAAGGUUAUUCUACUGCUCAAAGAGGGAUAUAUAGAUCAAGAACACCCAAAAUUUCUCAAAUCACCUCAACUGGUUGGCAAUACCUUUUGUAUUAA